AAAUUCACAACAAAAAAAACGUCCCCAAAAAAGAUCAAAAAACCCUAACCUCUCCGAUCGAAUCAUCGAGCAGUCGCCGCCGCCGCCGCACCACGGCCAUGUCUCCGGCCAUCGCCGCGGCCUCUCAGGAUCGGUGAUCCCCUACUCUGUUGUUCCAUUUCUUUGGCGUAAUAUGAGGGUUGCCGCCUCCGAUCCGUCCCCGGCGCCGGCGAGGUCGAUGCUGAAGCGGCUGUUCGAUCGCCAGCUGCUGAGGGUGUCCCCCGCCGAGCGGAUUCCAGCGGCGGCGGCUGGUGUUGGGGGUGAGAAGGAUGAGGUGGAGCCGAGCUCGGUGUGCCUGGACGGCAUGGUGCGCAGCUUCUUGGAGGACGGGAGCGGCGGCUUCGCGGGCGCGGGCGUGGGCGCCGAGAAGGCGGGGCAUGGCGCGCGGCGCUGCAACUGCUUCCACGGCGGCGGUAGCUCAGACGACGAUGACGAUGAGGACGACACCGCCGCGAACUCCGACGUCGCGGAGACGAUCAAGGGGCUCGUGCACUGCGCCACGCUCCGGGAGCGCAACCUCCUCGCCGACGUCUGCGCCCACGCGGAGCGCCACCGCGCGGCGGGGGCGAGGAGGCGGGAGCUGCUUGGCCUGGUCGCCGCAUCGCUCCGCGCCGCCGGGCACGACGCCGCCGUCUGCGUUUCGCGCUGGGACAAAGCCCCCUCCCACCCCGCCGGCGAGCACGCGUACGUCGACGUGCUCCUCCCCGCCGCCUCCGACCGCGGCGCCCGCGAGCGCGUCCUGGUCGACGUCGACUUCCGGUCCGCCUUCGAGGUCGCCCGCCCUACCAAGGCCUACCGCGCGCUGCUGCAGCGGCUGCCGCCGGUGUUCGUCGGCAAGGACGACCGCCUCCGCCUCCUCGUCGCCGCCGCCGCCGACGCCGCGCGCGCCAGCCUCAAGAAACGUGGCCUCCACCUCCCGCCCUGGCGCAAGCUCGAGUACAUGCGCGCCAAGUGGCUGUCCCCUUACGACCGCGAGCCGCCGCCGCCGCCCGACGAGCCCGCCGCCGACGAGGUCGCCGGAGAGGAAACCGCCGCCGCGUAACAAAGAGGUGCCGCUUGGAAUUUUCCACCUCCAGGAGGACCUAAACGCAAACUUAAUUUUCUUCGAUUUUACCAAAUUUUCUUUUGGGAAUCUCAAGUAUUUUGGGGAGUGAGAAGAGUAUGUAUUACGCGAAAUGGUGUAGUGUAGUGUUAGUAUUAGGCAAAAAAAAAAAGAAGUGAAAAAAAAUAUUUUGGUUAGGAUCGGAUUAGCACCCUCUUUUGAUCCAAAUUAUAAAAGCAUAUAUUUUUGAUUAGGUAGUAGCUUGAUCUUGAAUCUUGAUACUACUACAUGUUGAGAAUUUGGCCACUAGGCUCCUGUUUGUUUUGAAAUUUUGUAAUAGUAACCAACAGGUUGCCCAGCAGAGACAAAGUUGAGGCAAGAGAUGAACAUCACACACGAAGCUGUUGAUUUCUAUGUUUGAGUUUUGAUCCCUACAAA